UCGGCACCGUCGGCGAAGUCCUUUCCCACCGACCAGCGUCGCCAGCCCCUCAAUGCCUACAGGACCAACUCCUGUGCAACGAUGUGGGAGAUGGGGAGGCCGAGGAGGUUGCCCGCCGAGCUGGCGGUGGCCGGGAUGCGGGCCUCGCCGGCGCUCGUAGUGUGUGGCCCCCGCCGGCUGGAUCUGCGGGUGGCCUACCCGUCUCGUGAAGCAUCCGGCAGUUCUGUGGAUGCUUCGCCCGCAUAGGUCGCUGAAGUGAAGCCUGACGGCGGGUGGGCCGAGCUGUUCCCCUCCCUCCGCAUGUAGCGGCAAGGACAAGGACAGCGAAGAAGGUUGAGCGUCAGUGGGGUCAUAUGUUAAUCUUGGUCAUAGCUUUCCCAUCUAUGAGGAUGUUUCAUGGAAAUCAUGAGCAGGUGAUGGCGAUGGAGAGAGAAAAAAGAUUUUGAUGGGCUAACUCGAUGCCCACCAGACCACCACCAUGUUGAUAGUUCUCCACUCCUGCACGCAAGGUCUGCAGUGAAGACAGUAAUUCAGUGGGUAAAGCAGGGAAUGUCAUGGAAAUUACUCAAUCAUCAGACGUGAGAUCAAUACAAUAGCUACUUGUCGAUGGCAACCAAACCCAUGGAAGAGAAAAAUGCUAGACAAGGAAGGUUUAGAAGAAGAAGAAAAUGAGAAGCACACGCUAGUUUGUCAGAGGCCCUCUCGGGUUCUUGUUGUGGUCACCAUCUGCAGACUGUGUCGCUACAUUGGAGGCCAUAGAAACAGCGCAAGGAUUUGGAGAGAUGUUAUGGCUGCAAAUGCCAUAUGAAACGAGAAAUGUUUCCUAGUGCAUGCAGAUAACUCAACUGUCCGCCUUUACUGGUUGGAACUACAAAAGUAAUUGAUUCUUAGGUACGUACAUUCAUUUCAGAGCUGGCUGGUAUAUCAAUGAUGAGUGUUAUGAAUUCGGUGAUAUGCACUCCAGUGCAUUAGCUAGAAAAUUGGUACUUCCUUUGUUGAAAACUUAGAAGGAAGCACUCCGUCAAAUUUUGCGUGUACACUCCUAUAGUAAUUUGAAAGUAACUAGGCUCUACAAAAUCCCUUCCUUUUGAGUAUGUAAUUUAUGGAUGCAGUUUGUAGGAAGUCCUAUUUUCUCACGAUUUCCUUGCGUGUGAAAGCAUGAAGAGCCAGCGAUGGUGAUGGAUACCAACUGGUUGUUUGCAUUUAGUCCUCUGAUACUUUAUACUUCAAUUAUCAUCAGUGAGCUGUUUCCACGUUGGUUACUGGUUAGUUUAUUAGCUAGUCCAUCUCAGCUAAACUUAAAGAAAGAGCAAGUAGUUGGAUCAGAUCUGUUAUUGCCUUGUUGACCUGCUGUUUGGGGAUUUCUACCUCUCAUUCUCUUGCAACACAACAUUGUUAGCUCCUACAACUUUGCCUUGUCUCUGCGCCUCUCUGCGCCGUCUCCUACAGCUCUGCUUCUGUGUAAGCUCACCACUAUAUUCUGAUCUGUUAUCCUCUACAAAUCUGACUGUAGCAGGGUUCUUUUUAUUAUCUUUGUUGUUGCAACCGGCUAAUUUAUUUUGUGAUUUCUCAGUCCAACAGGUGUUCAUCCAUUGGUAUAUUGACUGGUUAUUUCUACCUCUGAUCCAGAAGCACUUUCAAUUGCUCAUCUAUCGAUAUUCAGAUUUUUCAUCCAUCACUGAGUCAAGAAACAGUUCCUGCUCUAUCUUCAGCUUAUUCAGACCAAAAAAUAAAACCCCACAACUCAAUGGAAGUUGCAUUAGCUAGCGCUGCCGUAAGUGUUACCUUAAAAGUGGCCGCAUCUCCAGCCUUGAAGAAGCUGCUUGCUAAUGCUUCAAUGUACCUUGGAGUGGACAUGAUGCAUGAGCUCCAUGAACUGGAGACCACUAUCAUGCCGCAACUCGAGCUGGUGAUUGAAGCAGCAAACAAGGGAAACCACAGGCCCAAGUUGGACAAAUGGCUUCAGGAACUCAAAGAAGGCUUCUAUAUGGCUGAAGACUUGCUGGACAAGCAUGAAUACAACCUUCUCAAGCGCCAAGCAAAGGGCAAGGAUUCCUUAUCAGCCAAUGCUUUGUCCAUCAGCAGCACUUUUAUGAAGCCUGUGCGUGCUGCGUCGAACAGGCUGACCAAUUUGAGCUCUGAGAACAGAAAGCUAAUUCACCAGCUGAAUGAACUCAAGGCUACCCUGGCGAAAGCCAAGGAAUUUCGUGAGGUGCUCUGCUUACCAACUGGUUAUAAUGCAGAGAGCCCCGCCAUACCAUCAGCUGAUGUUCCUGAGACCACAUCAAUAUCACCUCUGAAAGUGAUUGGUCGUGACAAGGACCGCGAUCGUAUAAUAGAUAGACUCACCAAGACAACUGCUACUACUGAGUCUAGUACAGCCAUGCACUCGGGUUUGGCCAUUGUUGGAGCUGGAGGCAUGGGAAAGUCCACCUUGGCACAACUGGUUUACAAUGAUACAAGGGUUAAAGAUUAUUUUGAUGUGAGAAUGUGGGUAAGUAUCUCACGCAAACUUGAUGUCCGUCGUCAUACACGGGAGAUAAUCGAGUCUGCCUCUCAGCGGGAAUGCCCACGCAUUGAUAACCUUGAUACUCUACAACGUAUCUUGUCGGACAUACUGCAAGAAUCAGGGAGAUUCCUGCUUGUGUUGGAUGAUGUUUGGUUUGAACCUGGCAGUGAAAGGGAAUGGGAUCAGUUGUUAGCUCCUCUAGUCUCCCAGCAGAUGGGAAGCAAAGUUUUGGUAACUUCUCGACGGAGUACAUUUCCAACUGCUCUUUACUGUGCCGAAGUGUGUCCUUUGGAAAACAUGAAAGAUACUCACUUCUUGGCACUCUUCAAACACCAUGCUUUCUCUGGAACAGAAAUCAGAAAUCAUGCAAAACACGGAAGAUUGCGUGAAAAGUUGGAAAACUUUGCAGAGAAGAUUGCUAAAAGGCUUGGACAAUCUCCUUUGGCGGCCAAAGUUGUGGGUUCCCAGUUGAAAGGGAAAACCGAUAUAUCUGCAUGGAAGGAUGCUCUAACUUUAAUGAUUGACAAAUUAAGUGAACCUAUGACAGCACUGUUGUGGAGUUAUGAGAAGUUAGAUCCAUGUCUACAGAGGUGCUUCCUAUAUUGCAGCUUGUUUCCAAAAGGCCACAAGUAUUUAAUUGAUGAGUUGGUUCACCUUUGGAUGGCAGAGGGCCUUCUUGAUUCAUGCGAUCGAAACAAGAGAGUGGAAGAUAUUGGGACGGAUUGUUUCAAGGAGAUGAUUUCUGUUUCAUUUUUUCAACCUGGCAAAGAUCGCAAAUACUUUGUUAUGCAUGAUCUCCUUCAUGAUCUGGCAGAAUCACUCUCGAAAGAAGACUACUUCAGGCUGGACGAUGAUAAGGUGAUAGAAAUACCAUCCACAGUUCGGCAUCUAUCUGUCCGUGUUGAUAGUAUAAUGCAACACAAGCAAAGUAUCUGCAAACUACAUCAUUUACGCACUAUUAUCUGCAUAGACCCCCUAAUAGAUGAUGUAGGUGAACUUUUUAAUCAGAUACUACAGAAUUUGAAGAAUUUGCGCGUAUUAUUUUUGUCAUCUUACAGUAGUAGCAAGUUGCCAGAAUCUGUUGGUGAGUUGAAGCACCUUCGGUAUUUAAACAUCAUCAGAACACUGAUUUCUGAAUUGCCAAGAUCAUUGUGUACUCUUUACCACUUGCAGUUACUUCUGAUAAAUGAUAAAGUUGUGAGUUUGCCUGAGAAACUCUGUAAUUUAAGGAAGUUACGGCAUCUUGACUGGCAUGAUUAUAGAAUGUACGAUCCAAGGAGAAAAGCACUGCCUCAAAUUCCUAACAUUGGCAAGCUAACUUCACUUCAACUGUUUCAGAAAUUUUCUGUGCAAAAGAAAAUGGGAUAUGAAUUGCAACAGCUGAGGGAUAUGAACGAGAUUCGUGGCAGUUUAAGUGUCACAAAUCUUGAGAAUGUCACUGGGAAGGAUCAAGCCUUAGAAUCGAAGCUGAAUCAGAAAAGUCAUCUUGGCAGUUUGCGACUUGAAUGGUGUUGCCAGAAUAACACCAAUGCAGAGGAUAGUUUAUAUUUGGAGAUUUUAGAAGGCCUGAUACCGCCGUCUCAACUUGAGAAUCUUACAAUUGACGGUUACAAUUCUUCAAAAUAUCCAGGGUGGUUACUUGAUGGUUCGUAUUUUGAGAAUUUAAAAUCUUUGAGGUUUAAUAAUUGCAGUGCGUUACAAAGCCUGCCAUCCAACACUGAGCUAUUUGGGAAUUGCUCUUCACUUUUCCUCUUAAAUCUGCCAAACCUGAAGACAUUACCUUGUCUUCCACCGGGCCUUACGUGGUUAGGAAUAUCCAAUUGCCCACUGCUUAUAUUUGUUUCCAAUGAUGAGCUGGAACAUCAAGAGCAGAGAGAGAAUAUCAUGAGUAUAGACCACCUGGCGUCACAACUUGGUCUAAUCUGGGAGGUAGAUUCAGGAUCACAUAUUAGGAGUGUUCUCUCAUUGGAACAUUCAUUUCUGAAGCAGCUGAUGAUAUUGAUGCAUGCUGAUGUCUCACGUGUUCAUAACCUUGGAAGUGUCCUUGGAAGAGGGAAAAAGAAAGUAUUGGUAAAAGAGGAUAUCAUCAACGCAUGGAUACACUGUCACGAGCAGAUGAUGAGUCUCAUGCAUGGAAGUAGCAUUAGGCUGCCACUGGUUCCACCAUCGGGACUUCGUGGGCUUUCUCUUUCUUCAUGCAGUAUUACAGAUGAAGCUCUAGCUGUUUGCCUUGAUGGCCUAACUUCACUGAAAAGUUUGUCCUUGCAAAAAAUUAUGACUUUCACUACACUUCCUUCAGAAGAGGUCCUCCAACAUUUGACAAAACUUCACAGCUUGUGCAUUGUAAGUUGCUGGUGUCUCAGGUCAUUAGGGGGUUUACGAGCUGCUACCUCUCUUUCAGAUGUUAGCUUGAGUUCCUGCCCUUCUUUAGAGUUGGCACAUGGAGCAGAAUGUUUGCCAUUAUCCCUUGAGAAACUCAGUAUAAGGAAUUGCGUGCUUGCAGCUGACUUUUUCUGUGCUGACUGGCCACAUGUGAAUCGUAUUUUCAUAAGCAGUUGCAGAAGCACCACAUGCUUAUCAGUUGGUAGUCUCGCCUCUGUUGAAUCAUUCUCACUGUAUCACUUGCCAGAUUUAUGUACGCUCGAAGGAUUGUCUUCCCUCCAACUUCACCACGUACAUUUGAUUGAUGUUCCGAAACUCACCCCUGAGUGUGUCUCGCAAUUUCGAGUCCAGAAGUCACUCUAUGUUAGCAGUCCUGUAAUACUCAACAACGUGCUCUCGGCUGAAGGUUCCAUCGUUCCAGAAUUUCUCUCUCUUCAAGGAUGCAAGGAACCAUUUGUUUCGUUGGAAGAAUCUGCAAAUUUCACAUCAGUCAAGACCCUGAGAUUCUGUGGUUGUCUAAUGAUUUCCCUGCCAACAAAUCUGAAGUCCUUCUCCAAUCUGAACAAGCUCGACAUUUAUAGCUGCCCCAAGAUAUCAUCUUUAUCAGAUCUGCCAUCCUCCCUCCAGCACAUAAGUAUAUGGUAUUGUAGUGAGCUCUUGAAGGAGAACUGCCGAGCACCUGAUGGAGAAAGUUGGCCAAAGAUCGCGCAUAUCCGCUGGAAGGACUUAAAGUGAUUUAGAUUCCCACCUACAAAUAAACGGGAAAGGCCUAAGAUGUGUCCUGUCCAGCAGCAACCUGUUGUGGGGUGGAGUGCCCAAGGCUGGCUCAUCUUACAGUCCAAGUGUGUCUCCUAGUUCAUCGGCUGGUGAUAGCCUCGGUUGCUCUCCUGCUUCACUGAUUGCCCCACGCUUUGCCCUCUCGCACUCCACCACCUCCUGUCCUCUGGUGCCACCGUCACUAAUGGUGGAUUAUGUACUUGUGUUGCCAGUUAUCAUUUUAUUCAUGCUAUUAUUCAUUGCCGAAAGCAAUCUAAUUUCCAUCUUGUUAUUGCCGAACGCCCUGUCCUGUUAGCCUCUCCUUCAGUCCGUAGUACUUUCUGUGUGUACGGAUUGUAAUUUUUGUAUCUUCUUAUGACAUAUCUGUGGAUAACUAUGUGACAUAUACA